AUGUCCGCCGCGACGUCGCUCGCGCCCACGACGGCCGUCGCCGCCGCCGCGUCCCUCCGCGCCGCCGCCUCGCGCCGCGCCGCCGCCGCCGCCGCGCCCGCGGCGUCGAGAGCGACGAGAGCGAAAACGAGUGGCGCAAGAUGUCGUCGUCGCGCCGAGCGCGCGGUCGCGACGACGCGCGCGGUCGCGACGACCAACGCGACGUCCACCGCGACGCCGCCGCCGUCCUCCGCGCCGCGCCCGCCGCCCAACGCGCCCGUGACCUCGCACGAGUGGCGAUGGGAGGGACACAAGAUCCGAUACACCGCGGCGGGGCCCGAUGGCGACGAUGCUAAGGACGCGCCGGCGGUCAUCCUCGUCCACGGAUUCGGCGGCAACGCGGACCACUGGCGUCAGAACACCCCGGUGAUCGGGCGCAAGUGCCGCGUCUACGCGAUCGACCUCCUCGGGUACGGGUACAGCGACAAGCCGGACCCGCUGUCGAAGCCGCGGAACUCGGUGUACAACUUCGAGAACUGGUCGCGACAGCUGGCGGCGUUCGCGACGGAGGCGCGUUCUGUCGUCGGCGGCCCCGCGUUCGUCUUCUGCAACUCCGUCGGCGGCGUCGCGGGGCUGCAGCUCGCGGUGGACGCCCCAGAGCUCGUGCGCGGGGUGGUAUUGAUAAACAUCUCUCUGCGCGGGCUGCACGUGACGAAGCAGCCGGCGCUCGCGCGGCCGUUCAUCGCCGCGUUGCAGAGCACGCUGCGGGAGACGGAUAUCGGGAGGAAAUUCUUCGGCAACACGGUGCGGAACAUCCUGAAGGAGGCGUACGGCAACCCGGACAGGGUCACGGACGAGCUCGUGGACUGCAUCUUGAAGCCCGGGUUGCAGCCCGGCGCCGCGGAGGUGUUCCUCGACUUUAUCUCCUACAGCGGCGGCCCCCUCCCCGAGGAGCUCUUGCCGAAGAUCCCGACCACGGUCCCGGUGCGCAUCCUGUGGGGGCAGGCGGACCCGUGGGAGGUGGUGACGGAAGGGAGGGCGUACGGGAAGUUCGACGCGGUGGAUCGAUUCAUAGAGCUGCCGGGCGUGGGGCACUGCCCCAUGGACGAGGCCCCGGAGCUCGUGAACCCGCUGCUGAUGGAGUUCGUGGAGGACUACGGACGACAGGGCGCGGUCGCGAGGUGA